AUGAGGAGUUGCCUAGCGGAUGCAGUUCCAAUUGUGGAGCGGAGAUGGCUUCCCAGCGCCGGUGGCAUUCCCCUAGGCCUGUGGAAUUUGUAUGGUUCGAAGAUGGAGCUGGACACGCCCAGCACAAUCUUUAAGAUUCUGGCGGAGGAGGUUCUUGGUUACCACGUCAACAGCGACGUUCAGGACGUAGGCACUGCAGCGGAGGCACUGUGGAAGCUAGCAGGCUGUUCCCCGAGCGAGACCGACAGCUGCCAUGAGCAGACGGACUUCCACAUCACCUUCGGAGUUACCUUCAACGCGAACGUAUCGGUGGAGUACGACCGGGUUCAGCGGCUCCAGAUGGGCGGCUUGCUGGAAAACCUUGCGAGCAUGGGAUACCUCACCCGAGCCGGGAUAUACGUGACGCAAGCCCUGCUACAAUCUGCAGAGACUUCUACCUCCCGGUCCCUCUUGGAUGAUUACAGGAGUUAUGACGCGCGCUACCAUCAACCGCAGUCCUUCUUCGACGACGUGGAGAGCAUCGAUCACUCGCAGCUCGUUCCGUGUGCGGGCUGGCUAACUUCUUCUCAGGCCGCGUUGUGCGAGAAUAACUGGUGGAAAGCCCCGACUUGUCGAUUCAAAGGCAAUGGCAGUUGCGUUCCUUGCCUGACAGCCACGGUCGGCAGAACUGCCUACAGAGUCGCCGAAAUCAUGGAUAAAGCCGUCGCCCACUCGAUGCCCAUUGCUUUGGGAGUGACGAGAAGCGUUAAAGAUCUACAUGACCUUGUGGCGGUUCACCGGACUCUGUUCGUCUUCUGGGAGCCGGAUGUCACCUUUCUCCAGCUCCACCCACGCCGCAUCUCCUUCCCGAAGCACAACCCGCUCCUGUGGCUGCGCGGCGACUAUAGCACCGACUCGCAGGCAGAAGACCCCAGGAUCGUGGUCAGCAGUGAUCUGAUGAUGCAUGCGCCCGACGUUCGGGAGAUGCUGCUCAAGAUGAAGUGGUCUCUUGCGGAUAUCGAUGCCAUGAUGCAGGAUGGAGUAGAAACGAAGGCCUUGGCUGACGGACAAAUCCAACCCAACUUCGGAGAGAUGUUGGAGGUCCAGCUGAGUUCUGGGAAUUGGAUCUCUGGUGCUGCCUGGGAGGGUGCGUGCAACUGGCUUCAUACCCACGAGCACAUCUGGAGGACCUGGAUUCCUCAGGCUGAUAGCUGCCUCCACGGCCAGGGCUUGUUUUCUGUUGCGGACACCCAGUGGCUGGAGAGACGGCAGGUGGGUGCUGUUUGCCGACCCUGUGAGCCUGGGUACACGUCGGUGAUGGUCACGGACGAAACCGGCUUGGACACGGCAGUUUGUCGUCUCUGCAGUCCGGGCCGCAAGCAGUCCUCCUUCUCAGCGCAGUCCUGCGCCGAAUGCCCGGCCGGGACCAUCUCGCAGAGUUUCGGACAGACGGAGUGCACCAAAUGCCCAAUAGGUUCUUUCCAGAACGGGACUGGCAGAAGCGAGUGCAUCCAAUGCCCAGAGAACAUGGACACGAGCAUCAAGGGCGCGACGACGGAGGACGCCUGCAUCUGCAGUGACAAUACGUACUGGCAGUGGGAGCAGCAGAGAUGCAUCGGAUGCCCCGCCGACUUCAUCUGCAACGGUAGCUUUAUGCCACCAUUGCAAAGAGCGGGAACGUGGGCAGAAGCGCUUGAAGGAGGGGGCUACUCGAUCUACUACUGCCGGGAUGUGCUGCGCUGUCCCGAAGCACUUCCGGGCUCUUGUGCCACGGGUCGAACAGGUCGUGCCUGUGCGGACUGCUUCAAGGGCUUUGCUGCAGCGGCAGAUGGGAGCUGCCAGCCAUGCGACGCACUGCAGCUCUGGCCCUUCAUCCUCAUCCCCCUCGUGGUGAUCGCAGUUGUGCCGCUCCUUGUUUUUGCAGGCAUUGUCCUGAGCAGAGCGCGGAAGGUGGCGAUCAGUGUCUUCGUGGUUUGCCUCGUCUUCGGCCAGUUGGUGGUUUGUCUGCAGUCGCUUGAGGCACAGCUGCUAAGCAACACCUUUCCCCCCUAUAGACGGCUCCCGGUCUCAGAAGCACCCACGAAUGCUAUCUAUCAGUUCGACAUUCUUUGGGUGGAUCCUGCGAAGGCCAUCCUUCAGUCGCUUUCCAUCUUCAGCUUCGACAUUGAGUUCUCCUGCGUGCUUCCUCCACGGAACCACUUGAUGGAGUACACCAUGCAGCUUUUGGCCUACCCGGUAGUGCUACUUGGAACCUUCCUUGUCUGGUCCAUGGCCAGAUUCACACGGAGGCGGGUGAGCUUCACUUACUUCGUAAACUUCCACGGGAUCAUCCUGAUUGCCCUCUUGACUGCCAUGUCUCUCAGCGUCCUCCGACCGUUUCAGUGUCGGGAGAACCCCAAUGGCACAUCCACGAUUGUGACCAAGACAGAUGUUAUCUGCUGGACCACCGGAGAGCAUAUAGCUCUGAUUCUCCUGGCCUGUGUUGGUAUUCUGGCCUACCCGGUUGCAAUCCUUGCUGCAAUCAGCUUUCUCACCUGGAAGUACCCGAUCUGGCUUCGAUCAUCCAGUGGCCUGGAGGUGCUGGAAAGGUAUAGGUUCCUCUUUGGCCGUUUCCGACCCGAACGCUACUACUACGGGCUCAUGCUCUCCUUUCACAACCUUGUGGUGGCACUCAUCCCGGCAACUUUGGUGUCCGUGCCCGCUCUGCAAGUGGGCAUCAUGGGCAUCGUCGUCUGUGUCAAGCUGACCACCCAGAGCCUGCUCUGGCCCUGGCGAGUGGAUGUGGCCAACUACAACGACAUGGUGCUCUCUGCCGGCCUGCUGAUGCUGCUGCUUUUGGCAUCCCCUUUGCUGAAUCUCAAUGAACAGAAGGCCAUGGAGUUUGUAGCGGUCCUCCUGGCUUGCGUAAUGUUCCUUCUGCCUAUUGCAGCACUUCUCGCUGCAUCGGCGGCAGUUUGCUUUCGGCUUCGUCCACAAAGCAAGUACUCCAUGUUUCUAUGCCACCACAAGGCGGGUGCAGGGGCUCUGUGCCGCUUCAUCAAGCUGAUCGUUCACAAGUAUGGCCGCAUGAACAUCUUCCUGGACUCCGACGAGCUUGACGACCUCUCUCGCAUCUUCGAGAUCGUCAGUUCCGACACCCGCUGCCUCGUGGCCGUGCUCACGCCCGAUUUGCUGCAGCGCAUGUGGUGUGCAGGGGAGAUGACGAGUGCGCGGAAGAGCGGCAUCCCCAUCAUCCCGCUCUACUGCGAUGGCUUCGCCUUCCCGGAUGCAGACUGCAUCAACAAGAUCGAGUCCGUGUGGACUGAGGAGCAGCAAUACACUUUGACGAGCCACGGAAUUUCCAUGGAAGACAUCAAGGCAAUCCUUCAAGGGUUCCUAUAA